AUGAUCCUUUCUACAUUGCAUUAUAACAUUUUCUGUCUUGUUUUAUUCUCUGAUGCUCUUUAUGCAUUUUUCUUCAGACAUCACUUUUAUCUUUUGAUUAAUAUUAUUCCCUCCUUCUUCUUCUUCUUCUUCUGUUCCCUUCUUCCUCUUCUUCUUCUAUUCCGUUUGUCUUCCUCUUCUAUUCCCUUCUUCUUUAUCUUCUAUUCCUUUCCUUUUCUUCUUCUUCUUCUUCUUCUUCUUCUAUUCCCUUCUUCUUCUUCUAUUCCCUUCUUCUUCUUCUAUUCCCUUCUUCUUCUUCUAUUCCUUUCUUCUUCUUUUUCUUCUUCUUCUUCUUCUUUUUCUUCUUCUUCUAUUCCUUUCUUCUUCUUCUUCUAUUCCUUUCUUCUUCUUUUUCUUCUUCUUCUUCUUCUUCUUCUUUCUUCUUCUUCUUCUAUUCCUUUCUUCUUUUUCUUCUUCUUCUUUUUCUUCUUCUUCUAUUCCUUUCUUCUUCUUCUAUUCCUUCUUCUUCUUCUAUUCCUUCUUCUUCUUCUUUUUCUUCUUCUAUUCCCUUCUAUUCCCUUCUUCUUUUUCUUCUUCUUUUUCUUCUUUUUCUUCUUCUUCUUUUUCUUCUUCUUCUAUUCCUUUCUUCUUCUUCGUCUUCUUCUAUUCCCUUCUACUCUCUUCUUCUUCUUCUUCUUCUUCUAUUCUCUUCUAUUUUCUUCCUCUUCUUCUAUUCCCUUCUACUCUCUUCUUCUUCUUCUAUUCCCUUCUUCUUCUAUUUUCUUUUCUUCUUCUUCUAUUCCCUUUUUCUUCUAUUCCUUUCUUCUUCUUUCUGACCUUUUUUCUUCUUUUCUUUUUCACCCUUCUCCUCUCCUCUUUCUCUCUCCUCUCACUCUUUCUCUUUCUCCCUCUCUUUCCUCUCUCUCACUCUCUCUUUUUUACUCUCUCUCUCUCACUCUCUCUCUCUCUCUCUCACUCACUCUUUCACUCUCUCUCUCUCUCUCUUUCACUCUCUCUCUCUUUCACUCUCUCUCUCUCUCUUCUCUCUUUCACUCUCUCUUUCACUCUCUCUCUCUCUUUCACUAUCUCUCAUUCUCUCUCUUUCACUAUCUCUCAUUCUCUCUCUUUCACUAUCUCUCAUUCUCUCUUCCACUCUCUCUCAUUCUCUCUCUUUCCUCCUUUUUCUCUCUCUCUUUCUCCUUUUCCUCUCUCUCUCCUUUUUCCUCUCUCUCUUUUUCCUCUCUCUCUCCUUUUUUCUCUCUCUUUCCUCCUUUUCCAGACUCUCUCCUUUUUCACUCUCUCUUUCUCCUUUUCUCUCUCACCCUCUCCCUCACUCUCUCUCAUUCACCCUCUCCUCACCCCUCCCCUCACCCUCUCCUCUCCCUUCUUUCCCUCUCCCUUUCCCUCUCCCUCUCAUUCCCUCUCCCCCCUUUCCCUAUCUCUCCUUUCUCUCUUUCUUUUCCCUCUCCCUCUCUCACUCUCUCUCUUUCUCCUUUCUCCCAAUACUCUCUCUUUCCCACUCCUUUUCUCCCUCUCUCUCUCUCUCUCUCUCUUUUCAGUCUCUCUUCUUUUUCCUUUCCUCAAACUCAACUUACAUGGGUUCUUUUUUAA